AUGUUUUCUUCUUUUUUCGCUGUUUUCACUUUCUCCAAAUUUUUCUUUUUUCAUUUCCUUCUUUCUUUUUUCUUUCUUUCUCUGAUUUCUUUUAAAUUUUUUUCCAAAUAUUCUUUCUUAAAGAAUUGCUUUCAUUCGUUAUUUUUCAUUCCUGCAUGUAUCGUGUUUUUCUUCAUUUUUUCUUUUUUCAUUCUUUUCAUAUUUUUGUUCUUACGUUUUUCUUCUAAUUAUUUUUCUUUUUCAUUCUAUCAUAUUUCUUUCUUUCUUUCCCUUGUUCUUUCUUCGUGUUUUAUCAUUGUCUUUUCUUCUCUUUUUCAUUUUUCUUUUUUUUUUUCUUUUCUUCUCUUUGUCAAACUUUUUCUUUUUAAACACUUCUUUUUUCUUUUGUUCUUCUCCUUAUUUUAUUCUUAUUCGCCAUUUCCAUUUCUUUCUUUUAUUUUCUUUUUCAUUCUAUCAUAUUUUUCUUUCUCCUUCGUUUUUUGUUUUCAUUCUUUUUUCUUUCUUUUUAUUUUUUCCUUCCUUUUCAUUCAUUUUCGUUUCUUUUCUUUUUUUUUGUUCUUUUUUAUUUUAUUCUUCAUUACCUUCCUUUCUUUUUUUUCGGUGUGCCCUUCUCUUUUUUUCCUUCCUUUUUUUUUCUUUCUUUCUUUCUUUUUCUUCAAUAUUUCUUUUUUCUUUUUUCUUUUCUUUCUUUCUUUUUAUUUUUCUUUCUUUUUUUCUAUUUUCAUUCUUAAAUUAUUCCUUCUUUUUACUUUUUUCCUUUCCUUUCAUUCAUUCGUUAUUCAUUUUCUUUUAUCUCUUUCUUCCUUUUUCUUUUUCUUUCUUUUCUUUAUCUUCGUUUAUUUUAUUUUUUUUCUUUUUUUCUUUUUCAUUCUUAAAUUCCUCCUUUAUUUCCUUUUCGUAAAUUAUUCAUUUCUUUCUUUCUUAAAUUUUUUUCGUUUCUUUUCUUUUUCUUUUUCUUUUUUUUCCUUUUUUUCUUUCUUAUUAUUAUUCUUUCUUUUUCUUUCUUCUUUUUCUUUAUUAUUUUAUUUCUUUCUUUUUUUUUUUCUUUCUUUUUUCGGCCUUUUUUUCUUAUUCGUCUUUUCCUUCGCUUCUUACAACCCCUUCGCUUUUUCCAACCCCUUUUUCAGUUCUCGUCUGCAGUCGGCAUCUUCCAUUUCCAAACCAUCUAUUUAUCUUAUUCAUUUACUCCUCCUCCAUUACAUUGCUAAACACUGA